AUGGAGGAUCUUUCCCGGUACGCCCACAGCCCCGCACACCUGGCCGUCGCCGGCAGAGACCACGCCUCCCUCCGGCGUAUCGUCGCCGCUCUUCCGCGCCUCCCGCAAGCUGGAGAGGUCGCCACCAGAGAGGAGUCCAUAGCGGCUGAGCACACAGCGGACGUCGUCUCUGCAGCCAUCGACCGGCGAGAUGUCCCCGGCCGGGAGACCCCUCUCCACCUCACCGUCCGCCUGAGAGACCCUGUAUCGGCGGAGAUCCUCAUGUCCGCCGGCGCCGACUGGACGCUGCAGAACGAGCGCGGGUGGUCCGCCUUCCAGGAGGCAGUUUGCACUGGCGAGGACGCCAUAGCGAGGAUCAUCGCCAGGCACUGCCAUCCCCUCUCUUGGGCCAAGUGGUGCAGGCGGCUCCCUCUGAUCGUCUCCUCCGUCGCCGCGAUCCGGGAUUUCUACAUGGAGAUCUCGUUCCACUUCGAGAGCUCCGUCAUCCCGUUCAUCGGUCGGAUUGCUCCCUCCGACACGUACCGGAUAUGGAAGCAAGGUUCGAACGUCCGCGCGGACACGACUCUCGCUGGGUUUGACGGAUUCUGCAUCCAGAGAUCGGACCAGACGUUCUUGUUCUUCGGCGAGGGCCUGCCGUCGGAGGAUGGUUGGGAUCGUCCAUCGGCUGCUGCCACUGGCUCCCUGCUCUUGCUCGCUCACAGGGAGAAGGAGAUCACCGAUACUCUGCGAGGAGCUGGGGCCCAGCCUACGGAGAUGGAGGUGGCCCAGGAGAUCGCUUCCAUGUUUCAGACCAACAUGUACCGGCCUGGGAUCGACGUCACGCAGGCGGAGCUCGUCCCCCAUCUGAACUGGCGGCGGCAGGAGAGGACGGAGAUGGUCGGGCCGUGGAAGGCCAAGGUGUACGACAUGCUUCGUGUGGUGAUGAGCGUCAAGUCGAGAAAGGUUCCUGGUGCGCCGACGGAGGAGGAGCUGAUUGCGGCAGCCACUGACGAGGAGAUGACGUCGUAUGAUGGAUUGGAUGAUAUCUUGACAACGGAAGAGAGGAAGCAGCUGGAUUCUGCCCUCAAGGCGGAGGACUUGGAGGAUGCCGACGAGAACGAGGAUCAUGGGACUUGUGGCGGCGACGCCGGCGCCUUCGGCUUCGACAAUCAUAACUGUGAAUCUAGUGGGGUCUCUGAGGAGAGGAGGAGCUGGUUUUCUUGGAGCUGCAAGAAGGCACCGAAAAACAGAGCGGAUGAACUUGAUGACGCGAGAACAUCGAAGUUGUCGCUAGAGAAUGGCGGCGAGAAGCUUGAAAUGGUAGAGUCGGAUACAGAGAAAGCUAACACGCAGAAGACGAAGAAGAAGAUGAUGAUGAUGACGAAGAAGAAGAAGGAGAAGGAGAAGGAGAAGAAGAAGAAGAAGAAGAGCGCAUCUCCAGACGACCCUUACAAGCACGAGAGUGAAUACAAGAAGGGCCUGAGGCCAUCUCUGUGGCUGACACCAGAUUUCCCACUUCAAACAGAGGAGCUGCUGCCUUUGCUCGAUGUACUGGCAAACAAGGUGAAGGCUAUAAGGAGGCUCAGGGAGCUUCUGACUACUAAGCUACCUCAAGGAACGUUUCCGGUGAAGGUAUUUCAACCAACCGCUCACAAGAUUUCUUUCAGACUCUCCUUUCUUUACCUGUUUUGCCAUCUCAACAUCCUCCUUCUGUUCAACCUUGCUUUAUGAUCGUUUAUCAAGCACAACUCCGUUUUUUUUUUUUCUGAGGAAGAGAAAUAAUCCGCAAUACUUAGCUGGUUAGUUCGAACGGUUGACUAAAUUUAGACACGACUGACCCGAUCAUGACUAAAGUCAAAUAGCUUAUGGGUCGAGGCUAUGUCGGAUGGAGCGUGGAACGGUAAAGGGGAGCGAGGGGGCAUUAAGAUUAUGAUUGUCUCGGCAUCACUGGCGUUGGAUGUGGUACUCUGUUCACUGGUUUUGGAAUUUGGGUCGGGGAAUUUUCUGGUGUAAGUGAUGAAAUAAAAAUCUCACCGAAGAACAAGAAUCCAGGGAAGCGAAAUUAUUCGUCUCCAGGCUCUCCCCCGGAGACGGAGACGUGGGGAGGGGAGACUCCGAGAUUAUUCGAUGAAAUGGCUGGAUGGCCAUGUUUUGGAUAGGUAGAAGGUCUUCUAGAGUGGGAGGGCGCUUCUGCUUUUCUUUCAUGCAAUCCUUCAAACCAUGGUGAAAUUCACGAGGAAUCAGAUGAUCAGAAGGUUAAAACAGAGGGAUGGCCUUUUCUUUGAUGACGAGGAGGAGAGAACCGUGCAUGAUUUUAGAUGGGUUUGUGUGGUUAGUAUGGAUUACAAGAGUUCUUGUGGAGUUACUGUGGGAAUUGUGUUCGUAGACCAGAUAAUGUACAUCCCCCGGUCUUUAUCCACUCCAUUUUAACGAAUAUAAAUCGCAAUUUUGUUCUCAAUCUAUUGAAUAUAUCGGACGUCAUAAACCUCCAUUUGAUUUUCUCUUCUCACGCCAUCACUGGCAUCAUCAAUGGGUUCCGUGAAGCGCUGGCAGACUGUUUUCUCACCCUCCAAUGCAUGCCAUGCCGGCUUACUCCAGGUUGCCAUCCCUAUCGUCCCAACUAUUCGGGUCGUAGUGACCUUCACAAAAUUUGAGCAACUCCAACCAAGGAGCGAGCUUCUUACCCCAGAAUCCAGCCCCGCCGAUUCGUCAGAGUGCAGAACCAGCGAAGCGGGGACCUCCAGUUCGUGGUACUCUUGGAUUGGAGGAAGCCACGGUGGGCAGUCUAGUGAAGAUGGCAGAGAUCGAAGCUGGAAGGAUGAAGUCGACCCAUUCCGCAUUCCAUCAGACUACACCUGGGUCGACGCCGACGAAACGAAGCAGAGGAUGAGCGGCAAGAAAGCCAAACCCAAGAAAGCGAGCAGCAAUUGCCAUGCCACUAAAACCGUAGAGACCCAGAAGUUGGAAAAUGGCUUUGACGGGUUAGACUGA